AUGCUAUAUGGAAUUUUACUUGAAAGUUGUCGUGAUGGUGUUUGUGAAGCAUAUGGAGUAGCAACAUGGAAAAGAAUUGUAGAAGAAUUAAAUUUUGAACAUGAUUCAUUUACAACACUUGGUCGUUAUGAAGAAAAUAUUAUUGAAAGAGUUGCUGAAUGUAAUUCGAAAUUAAUUUUAUUAUCGGAAAAUAAUAUUUUGUUUUUAGGUCUUUGUGAAAUUACACAUGAAGGUAGUUUAGAUACAUAUAUGUACUUUUUUGGUGAAUGUUUCGUAAGAUUUUUUACAAACUAUGGUUAUGAUAAAAUCCUACGUGUCGCCGGUCGUCAUUUUCGUGAUUUUCUUUUAUCUAUUGAUCAACUUCAUGAUUCAAAUAGAUUUAGUUUUCCAAAAAUGAAAUCACCAUUAUUUCACGUUACUGAAGAAGAUGAAUUUGGAGCAGUUUUACAUUAUAAAUCAAAACGUCGAGGUUUUCAACGUUAUGUUAUGGGACAAUUAAAAGAAUGUGGAACAAGAUUUUUUCAAGAAGACAUAUCUUGUCGUAUACAAGAUGAUGUCUCAUCAAAUGAAUAUACUCAUAUUGUUUUUCGUGUUGAUUUCAAUAAUUAUAAAUUAAAAAAUUUGGGAAAACGUUUUAUUCAAAAUCCGUCAUUACCAGAUGUUACUAGUGCAACAUUUUUCAAAGUAUUUCCGUUUGCUAUUUUAAUUGAUCCACAAAUGCGUAUGUUUCAUGUGGGAAAAUCAGUUCAAAAAGUUUUUCCAACGAAUGUACCUUUAAUUGGCCGUCAUAUUGAAGAUGUAUUUCGUUUAGUUCGACCAGAUAUAUUACUUGAAUGGAAUCGACUUCUUUCUUAUGGUCGACAUAUAGUCUUUGUUAUUGAAAGUCGUAUUCCACUUCAACCAAAUGCAUCUGUAAUUGCAAAAAAACUUGCUACAGCAACAACUCAUGCUCAUCUUCGUCUUAAAGGGCAAAUGAAAGUAAUUCCAGCAUGGAAUAUGAUUGCUUUUCUUUGUCAUCCGGAAUUAACAACAGCAGAAGAAAUGCUUUCUAUUGGCUUAUUUCUUCACGAUAUCAAUUUUUAUGAUGGUAGUAGUGAAAUUCUUAUUGCUGGUAUGCAACAUGCUCGAACAUUACAGGCAGCCAUUGAUAAACAACAAGCAUGGAUAACAAAAUUACAAGGUUCAAAACAUGAAUUAGUAGAAUGGCGUCGAAAAGGAAAACGUCUUUUAUACAAUAUAAUGCCAAGACAUAUUGCACAAAUGUUACAAGAAGGUGUUUUACCUAAUUCAAUAUGUGAAUCUCAUAAAUUGCUUACCGUUCUUUUUGCAUAUUCAAUUGAUUUUAAAGAUGUUGUAGAAAAAUUAGCACCACAUCAGAUUGUUGAUUCAAUCAAUGCAAUUGUUAAUGCAUUUGAUCAAUGUUCCGAACAUUUUGAUGUAUUUAAAGUUGAAACAAAAGCAGAUUCAUCUUAUAUGGUUGUAGCUGGUAUACAAGAUCGUAGUACAAGAGAUCAACGACGUUCAUCAACAGCUAGUGGAUCAUCAGUACAGAGUCUAGCAUAUUCUGAUGAACUUCAAGGUGACUUGAAAAAUCCAUUAGGACUUAAUCAAGCAGAAAUUGUUGCUGGUCUUGCACUUGAAAUGGUUAAAAGUUCAACGACUGUUAUUAAUCCAAUAACAGAAGAACCAUUUCGAAUUAAAUUUGGUUUUCAUUCGGGUCCCGCUGUUGGUGGAAUUGUUGGUGCCAAAAAUGUUCAAUAUUGUCUCUUUGGUGACACAGUCAAUACAGCAAGUCGAAUAACAACAACAGGCGAACCAGGACGAAUUCACAUGAGUGAUACAGCAUUUUUACUUAUUAGAGAUUCUCCUUAUUUCGAAAUUCAUAAUAAAGGCAAAACAGAAUUAAAAGGUAGAGGUACAAUUGAAACACAUUGGUUAGUUGGUCCUAAAUCAACAUAUACAGCAGCUAUUGAAUUAGAUCAAUUUCUACUUAAUGAAGAACGUCAUUCAUCAGCUGCUCAUAGUCAUCGUCAUCAUCAUCAUUCUUCUCAUAGUAAACGUCAUGGUGAUGCAACACCAGAAAAACGAUUAUCAAAUACUAUAAAUCAUGGACCAUCAGCUACGGGUGGUCAGUGUCCAUUUAGUAGAAUGUGA